UACAAAAUACAUAGGAUACCAAGAAGUCGGGAAGUCCGUCAGUCAUAUUUUACCAGUAUUUUUUCAACUUUAUAUUCAACUUUCUACGCAUUCCCAAUGGUGUUUUCUGUAGCACCUGACCUGAUUCUCAGCAAUGGCCCUGGAACAUGUAUACCAUUAUGCUUCGCAGGAUUCAUUAUGAGGGUUCUAGGAUUAAAGAAAGUUCAGCAAGUGUACGUAGAGAGUAUAUGUCGAGUGAAGCAUCUUUCCGUGUCUGGCAGCAUAAUGUAUCGCUUCGCCGAUCAUGUCAUAGUCCAGUGGCCUUCGCUUCAAAAGCUUUAUCCAAAAACCGAGUACCUCGGCAAACUUUGUUAAGAAUGCUUCUUGUAGUAUUCAAUUUCAAUUACGUUUAUAUAUCAUUUGCUAAUCAAGCCAGCAUAAGCUAAUAAUAACCACAUUUAUCAUUGCAAACAAGAAUAUUGACAAUAAUUAAAUCUAAAAGUGCAGAAACUAUAGAGUACAACAGACGUCGUCGCAACACUAGGUGGCGCCCUUUGUUGUCCACCAGAUGUUAGUUACUGUUCAUUACGCCUGAAUGACUUGAUAAUCUUAAUGGUUUAGAAUAGGCUUUCUGGAAUAGGCAUUUUAAAACCUAAUAAUUUACCGUCAAAAUACUAAUAACACAAAAGCUCGCAUUAUAUUAGUUAUCAAACACAUUUAAUCAUGAAUUAAAAUUUACAAAGAAAAACUAAGACACAACAUUUUAAUAAUUACGUUAGAAAUUGGGAUCAGUGGUUUGUCAGUGGAGAAAAUGGCGUCCGGUUUUACGCAUUUUGUGUUGCUGAUAGCAACGGAGAAGUACCAUGUGGUAUUGUGACGUAACAUUGUAGUACUCUAUAUGCAUUAUGGUUAGGAUUGUCCAAGAUCCAUAAGGCACUAAUUCCUACUAUCUCAAGGAUCCUUAAAAACAAGUUGUAAGGGCAGAAAUCGAAUAAAGGCUAAACAAUUAAAUGAGAGUGAGAGGGGGGUUUUUUUUGGGAAAAGUGGAGUUGGGAAAAUUGGUGAAUGUGGAAUGGAAAAUAAGAUUGCAUAAAAACUUGGACAUUUUUUCUGAUGGAGAAGAAAGGGGCUAAGAUGGUCAUUGAUUUUCAAGUAAUGAAAUGUGGUAUUGAAGAUUUGAGGAGGCUCAUCAUAGAAGUUACUGUUAAAUUUUGUGAACAUUUUUACAUGAAAAUUUUUGAUUUUUAUAAAUAAAUAUAAAAUAGUUACGCUUCGCUAUUUUUAUUUUUUAUUUAAUUCAUAAUAGAGUGUUUGUAAUACAUAUUAUUAGAAAAUAUAAAGAUUACAAAAGAUAAAGUAAUAAACAUUGUACAGUACUGUAUUAUUAAGAUUGGGCUUAAAGAUGCUUGCCUUCCAGCCCAGGAUCAUGGGUUCAAAUCCUGUGAGACUCCAUGAUUCUUAUAUCAGAACUAAAAACAACUCACUCCCUAAAGCCAGGCACUCACCGUGCCCGACAGUUGCCAGGCGACGCGAUUCUAUAAUGAACGCAACAGGAGGACAUGCACGCUAGGGAUCGUUUUUAAUGACGAUCUGUUCAGAUAGCCACCGACAAUCAGCAGACCGUGUCGCAUCGUCGGCGCUCACAGAUUGCAGAGUUGGGGCCGUUGUCUUAGGACACAGUGAGUGCCUGGCAAAAGCAUCAUAGAGACUUAGUUGAAGCAUAGUUCCAGCUUGUUUUUGGAUGUGUAUGAGCAUUAAUUUCUAUUAUUUUUAUGCAAUAUUAAACACAGUUCAAUCUCAGACUUAUGAGACGUUGCAAUUAUUAUAUAUACACAGUAGUAGUAUUAGGCUUAAUACCGAAUGUCAGAAAGCAAUGAGAAAAAUUUUGAAUCCUAUCACAUAAUAUGAUAUACGAAUCAUAUAUAGUAGAGUAUAUUUUUAGAAUUUUAAAAGAAAGUGUUCUGUAAUUGCAAAAUAAAUCAUCUAUAAAUAAA